AUGUGGACAGUUGGCGAUUUUGACAAAGCCUUUGAAAACCAGUCUAACUUCUCCCUUUCACUGAUUAACAGCAAGAGAAAUCUCAUCAGAAGAUGCAGCCAGCCAGAACCAGGAUUUAAACCUUCUUUCCUGUCUGAAAAUGAGCCACUCAUUGAGUCUGACACUGCUCCUGUUAUAUCUGAAACUGUCUCUCCUGCUUCUUUUUUUCUUGUACAAAGAAACCUCACUGACAUACUAUUGAGUUUUACCAUAUUUUUAUUCACAGUGUUGAAUUUAGAUGCUAUCGGCUCAGUAGUCACAUUUGAAGAUACAACCAGUGAACCUGUUGUUGCUGCCGAUAAAGAUGCCGUUGGAAAUGUCGCUCUUGGAAAACAGACACUGCAGUCAACGUUAUCAAUAUACCAAUCGAGUAUAGUUGUUGACGGCAACACAGAUCAGUAUGUGGCAAACGGAUCUUGUAUCAAUAUUGAGAAGAAAGGAGAGUCCUGGUGGCAAGUGGAUCUCGGAGAUGUCUACACUAUAUUUAAUGUCCGGGUGUACUAUGCGAAGGAUUGCUGUGACAUAGUCGUUGACGAAAAAGACUGUUACACAAAUCCGGAAGCAUACAGAGGUAAAACAAAUACAACACUUAGCGGCAUACCCUGUCUACCGUGGGACACACAACAUCCACUAUCGAACGUUAGUUUUCUUCAUCCAUACCAUUACGGAGCUAAUGUUGGUGAAAACUACUGUCGGGUACUUUCAGAUUAUUUCUAUUACCAUUAUAAAUUACGUAAUGAAGAAUCCAAAAAUGAAUUUUUCGAUAUUAUCUACAGAAACAAGAAGCCAUGGUGUUUCACCACCGAUCCUAAAGUGUUGUGGGAAUAUUGCGACAUAGACGUAUGUGAAACAGUUAAAACAGGUGACCUAAAUCUAAAGCUAGGAAUCAGUAAAAACAGUGUGGAGACUGCUGUUUAUAUCGAAACACCUGACAAUUCUCAAAAAAUUCGGGAAUUUGUAACGUAUACUAACCCUAAAACAAGAUAUGUUGAGAUCCAUCAAGAUGGUACAACAGACUACUAUCCUCUUUGUGAAGUAGAAGUUUAUGGAAUACAAGAUGAUGCGGUCAAUGUAGCUUUUGAAAAGCCGACUGAAAUGUCGUCAGUCCUGAGUGUCUAUGAGUCUAAGUUUGGUGUUGACGGUGACCGUGGCCAAAGCUUACGAUAUAAAACAUGUUUCCACACUCUGGAAGAAGAUAAUCCUUGGUGGCGAGUUGACCUGACUGGCAUUUAUGUGAUAUUUGCUAUUAGAUUAUUUAAUCGCCUGGAUUGCUGCAGCGAUCUUGCCCAUGACGUUUUAUUACAACUUGGAACGACACUAGAUACAAUGUCAAAUAUAAGUUUUGUUGAAGGUCAGAUAAAGGACAUUCAAGAUAUAAUACUUCCGCUGAAUACAAACGCUAGAUUUAUUCAACUUGUUCGAACACGAGAAAUGGGGUUUUUCCACCUAUGCGAAGUUGAGGUGCUCGGAAAAAUAGCUGAAUGCAAUCCUAACCCAUGUCAAAAUGCUGAAAUGUGUUACCUGAUUCACUGUAACGAUGAGAAUUGCAGAAAUUACAGAUGUGUAUGUGAAGACGGGUAUGGUGGAAUCAACUGUGAAUAUAGAACGUCUAACGUGGCUGUUGGGAAAAAAGUUGCUGCAUCAAGUCUCCACCAUAAACAUUGGUUUCCUAACAAUGCAGUGGACGGAAACAACAACCAGAAUGUUCUAGAUGGAGCCACGUGCGUAACCACCCACAAUGAAAGGAAGCCAUACUUUACUAUAGAUCUCGCUGAUGAAUACAAUCUUAUAGAUGUAAAGGUUUAUAAAAGAUCUGAUUGUUGUCUUGGCGAAGAGUACGACAUUCAACUAUUUGUAAUGACACCCGAAUGGACUAACAUUGGAUUCACCGAUGGCGUCGAAAGAAACAUUGUAACAUUUCAUAUACAUCCAUAUGUUGCAACAAGAUAUGUGAAAAUUAUGGCAAACGAAGAAGACCCAGUAUUUCUCCAGUUAUGUGAGAUUGAAGUGUAUGCUAUUUAUCAAAGAGGUAAUAGUGAUCAUCUCUAAUCUACUGUGACACGAAUUUUAGAUAUUCAAUAAACUUUGUUCAAAUGUGUAUUCAAAAUAUUCCAAACAUCGUUAGUAUUGUUAAAACAGCUGAUACAUUUUAUUGAGAGAGCAUUUCAUUAUGAUCGUACCAGUUUUAA